AUGGAAGUGAGCCCUGUUUGCACGAAAGUGCAGGAGAAACAGUCCACUCCUUAUUACAGACCCAAGGGGUGUCCACCUCCACGUCCUGGCGUAAAAUGCCGAAGUUAUUACAUCCAACCCCCGCGCGUGCAAUCAUUCGCCCCGAAGCGGGCGUUUUGCCCACCGGAAGUGAGUCUUGACACGAGAACAACGUAUGACACUUCGUACCUCAAUGUCGAUGGUGAUAAGUACAAGAGAUUAGCGCCAUUUCGACCAGCUGAGAAUUUGCAUACCUCAGACGAAAAGUUUCACGAUGGGACAACAUCUCGGAUGAGUUAUCAGCCCGUGUGGAAAGUCGUUAAGGCGAAGCCUGUUGUCCCCCAGCGCAGGAGGAACAUGUUCGAGGGGCCCAUGCAGACGAUGACGACGGUAAAGCAAGACUUUUGUGAGAAGUACAUCGACAAGCCCCAGCUUAUAAUCCCGUGUGGAAAUAUCAGAACCCCUUCCGCUCGCUUCGACGGAGGAACGACCAGUGGGUGCUCUUACAUGGCUCCCAGGCGAAUCGAACAGAUUCAGAGCUUCAAACCCGUGAACAGGUACUGCGAACCUGAGGUGAGACUCUCGGACGAGACGACCUCGAAACUGAGCUAUCAACCGGUCGAAGUGCUUCAGAGGGAGGUCUAUCCAUGGGCGCAGAAGGCGAAAUAUGUACCAUCGAAUGUAGCAAUGGACAACUGCACAACAUACUCGAACAGUUUCUACAGUAGCCCUGAUGUCCCCACGAGGGAGAAGGCAAUUGUCCCAGUGGGGACUAAAAAUCUCAUCCAAGGAGACGAUGCAGCCUUCACUGGGAGUACCCUCUACAGUGAUCUCUUCAUACCCCACAAGAACGAACGCGUUGCCCCUGUCAUUCCCUGCGAGAACAUCCUCCUGUCUGAUCAGAAAAUGUCUCAUGACACUACUUCAAAGUUGAGUUAUCAAGUGGUCUCCGGCGAGAAAAGAACCCCCAUCCGCCCGAAAGGGAGAAGCAUCCUGAGUGCUCAAGGCCAAAUCCCCUCAAAUACAACGAAUCGCGAUGAUUUUGGGCCCAAAAUGUCCGAGAAACCGUCGGCAAUAAUUCCCUGCGAUAAAAUCCAUAAUUCCACAGCUCCAUUCGAGGCCUCAACGACAACACAAUUCUCGUAUAUGAAUCCGGGAAGGGUCGCACCUCUCGAGAGCUUCAAGCCUCAGGCUCGAUACAACACGCCAACAUCCAAACUAGAUACAGACACAGUGAACAAGCUCUCCUUUAAAGUCUGGAACUUGGAGCCAAAAGUUCCCCUCCCCUGGGCGCAAAAGGGCAAGUACCAGGCGCCUAAAAGUCGGAUGCAGGGAGAAUCCACGUAUCUGAAUAGUUUCGCACCACCUGGUAAAUUCGUCGAGGAAUGCGAGACCCUCGAGGCAACUCCUUGCUAUUGA